UUGCACAGGAGGGAAGGGGAGGAAGUAGCGAGCAGAAGACGUAUCCCGCUAUCGCUGAUACAACCUUUAAAUCAGUCAAUUUUUAUUGAACAAGCAACUUCACACAGAGGCUUGGGCUUCAGGGCCCCCUUAGCUCUUGGGCCCAGUAGGCCCAUUCAGUAAUCCAUCCCUGGACCCCAUGACUCCAUUUGUCAAAAUUACAAACUAGAGUAUCUUUGUUAACCUUUGUAUUAUCAGAAUCAGCUUUAUUGGCCAGGUUUGAGUAAACAAACAAGGACUUUGACUGCGGUUAAUCUUUGCUCUCUAAGUACAACACUCACGUUAACAUAUAAGAAUAAAAAAUAUAAUAGAAUAAAAACAGAACAGUAAGAAUAUGUAGUAGAAAUAGUAGAAUAUGGCUAUGUAUAAGUAUAAAUACAGUACAUUUGCAAAUAAAUAGAACACUAUGGGUGGGGUAGUGCAAUUGUCUGGGGAGGGAAGUGCAGCUGGGGAUGUCUGCCUCCUUGUUGUCCCUGUCAAGGUUGCAAUGGUCGUGGACACCUCAACAGGCACAGAAUAAGAUGGAGGACCAGGAGUAUUUCAUGGCUGUGGCUUUCCUCGCUGCAAAACAGAGCCCGGACACUAACUCUAAGGUCGGGGCCUGCAUUGUGAACACGGAGAAGAAGAUUGUGGGCAUCGGCUACAAUAGGAUGCCAAUUGGCUGCCCCGCUGGAUCGCUGCCCUGGGCUCGAGACAAUGUGGACCCACUGAACAAUAAAUAUAUGUAUGUGUGCCAUGCUGAGCUGAACGCCAUCAUGAACAAGAACUCGGCAGAUGUGAAGGGCUGCACCAUUUAUGUGUCCCUGUUCCCCUGCAAUGAGUGUACCAAGAUCAUCAUCCAAUCAGCACAGCAUACAAUGGCUUCUGGGGAUCGUCUGGUGCCCAAACAACACACUCGGCAAAAUGGGCACCUCCCACCUGGGCCUCCACCUGCGCCUCCACCUGGGCCUCCACCUGGGCCCAAACCUUCAGUUUUGCUGCGGCAUCAGCUCGGCUCAGAGAAGCACAUUCCCAGCUGUCCAAACUCCACGAUCUCAUGACCAGUGGUCUUUGGACCGCAGGGGUCAACGCAGGCAUCCACUGCCACACGUGGGACAUCUGACAUAUGCCCAUGCUGUGUGAACGCACGCACACAUUCACACGCAUGCAUAAACACACACACACACACACACACUUGUCUUUAGAUGGCUUGUUAGCCAUGUCUGUGGCCUCUUUAUAGCCGUUAGCUUAAGUUCCCUUAAGCCUCUAUUUGUUUGGAGAAGCCUGCUGGGGAGAUGCCAUACCAUCCUUGUAUGGCCUCCUCUGAAGACCGGGUGUGUGAAAGUGUCUUAAAAUUAGCUAUCGUUUUAUGAGAGUCCAAUGGAAAUCUCACCAUAGCGGUAAUUACAGACUUGUGUUAACAUGUGUUGGCAUGUUUGUAUUCUCUGAAAUGCAUUUAUUACAGAGUAGGAUUAUAUAACCUGUACUUCAAUGACCCAUGAAACCCUCUGUCUUGUAAGCAUGAGAUUGUGUCUUAGAUUAAAAUGUACAAAUGUAUUCCACUGUCCCAUCCCAAUAAUGACCCUGGACCGGUUCCUUUGAAGUGUAUCCAUGUGAAGGGCUUGAUUUGGUAUGACAGAUCUAUGAGCAGAACUUUGUUUAUUCUCACGGCGUGGCCUACUUUCUACUUUUCCUCCACAUCAAGAAGACAAACACUGGACGACCUCUCAUUAUUGUUACUAUCAGUCUGUUUACUUCUUCACCGCUGAACUUAGAUAAAAUCAUGACCAGAUCUCCCUUCAUGACUGCAUAGGAGGAACUACUUAAAACUUUUGAGAAUGGAGUUGCCGCACUAUGUUUCCACACUAUUCAUCUACAUUAAAGUUCUGAAGCUUUGUGUACAUACUUGAGGUACAAACUCAGUUUGUCCUGGACAGGCACCCGUAGGCCACCCCUGAGAUGAAGCUAUCAGUUUUCAGCAAAGCUUUUAUUCUUCCUGAUCUUCAAUCACUAUACCAUCUUAACAAUCUUGUAAAAAAAGAGAGAUUAACACUGCCAUAUACUGCCAUGUGUUCUGUCAGUGGUUAUGCAAGCCAUUAGCUGUGCCAAAAGUUUCUCAAAGCAUCUCUGAUUAUGGUUUUCAGGUGCUAGCUGACUUUGGUCUUGGUGUGAACCAGAUGUGUGAUUUCAGAGUGAUCAUAUUAUUUUCUUUGAUUUCUUAGAAGGUUGAAUCUUCCAUUAUUUUGUUGCCAGUCACCUAAGCACAUAGCUUGGGUUGCCUGCCCUAACAGGUUUGUCUGGGUUUCACUCUGGCUACCGAGCAAAGGCUGCAAUUUCUCUGAAAGUAUCUAUGAGACAUCUUUAAAUCAACACAUCAGCAGCCGUUAGCUACACACACACACACACAUAAGCUAAUGUCAGUGCUCUGUUACAGAAUAGUUCCCACAUCUGUGUCACUCUAAGGUUCUCAGGCCAAGUGCAGUUUUCUCCAGAUGUCUCUGGAUAAAAGGAGACGCUCAUUUUUCCAUAGAAGUAGGGCACUUGGGAGAACAGCUCUGUCAGCGGUGAACAGUCAGCAUGUCUGACUACUCUA